CGUUUUGAAAAAUGACCGCGUCUAGAUAAUGUAGGUAUAAGUUUUAUCUCAAAAAUUUCAAUUCUCUGCGAAUAUUUUUAACUGAAUGACAAUUCACAACAACAAAAAAAAAAAAAAAAAAAAAUUAAAAAUAGUAAACAUUUUGUAAAUGUUACCGUUUUUUUUUUCAAUUCUUGAAUAAUUCGGAAAAUAAAAAAAUGACUUCUCUAAAGUAUCACCCCAGUGUCGAGUGGGCACAUCAACGAGUACAAAGUGCGCGUACCACCGCCGGGUGUCCAUUGUACACAAAUGUAAUCGAAUUCAAUAUUAUUCUGUCGGGUUUCUUUCGUCCGUGCCGGCAUCGAAUUUUCAAUUAAGAGGACGUUUAUACCCGCAUCUACUGUCCCAGUCCAACUACCGGGUGACAUGUGAAAACAGUGCUUGCGCAGAAUAAGUAAAACUAUCUUAGUUUUGAUUUUAGAGUAAACGUACCGAUUAUGAAAUUUAUAGAGAACAAUAUUUCGGAGGCAAUGGGCAUAGGUGUUUAUUGAAUUGUGACCUAUUGGAAAAAAAAAAAAAAAAGGUUUUCGUAUCUAUUAUAUCGGUCUGCCUAUUUCGUAUAUUGCAAAAACCCUACGACGUUCCCCCCAGAGUAAUGUUCUCCACACAUUCCAUAAUAGGUUAGGUUGGGUGUAUUUACUCUAAAAUCAAAAUUUAGCAAGUUUUGCUUAUUCUGCGUAAACAUAGGUUUUGUGCGUUUUCCGGUAGUCGGACGGAGACAACAGCUGCGGGUCGUAAUACGCUUGUUGUCGCGAUUCUGGCGGCGGCGGCGGCGGCGCGGGGUUAUCUCGUUUAUUCGUCGCGUUUAUCGUCCGAACGGCUGCGGCGGCGGCGGGACACUACGAGUUGCACCAGUGUCACGGUCCCGGCACACAAUAACACUGCAAACGCGUUGGCAUUGCGUGGAAGGGGAUGGAUUGGCCGAAAAUUCGAAAUAGGCGCGUGGCACCGUACCUACGACUCACAGACGGCGACAGUAGGCUCCCGGGCCGAGCGUCGUUCGCGUAUGCCGUGCCGCUCGUUCCGCGUCCGAUUGCUAAUGGCGAUUUAAAAUAUUAUUACUGACCGUCCGCUCGCCGGCUCAUAACCGCCGCGCAAUACCAUGGCGCGCGCGAUAUGCCACCGGUCGGUGGAACUCGUGACGUUCUUGUUCUCCGCGUCGCUGUCCAUGUCGAGUUUCGCGCAGAACAACCUGCUACUGCGGAAGGAAUGCAAUUCGUCGGUGCCGUUCGGAGAGUGUACGGAUGGCGAGGCGAACGCCCAGCACGCCGUGUCCGUCAUCUACUCGUGGAAAGCCACCAUCCAGUACGCCAUUCCGGUCGUGAUGAUCGUGCUGGCAGGUGAGUCGCGCGCUCGCCGCGUUCCCCGGGCCCACUGACCGGCCGCCUAACCCGGCCGCGGUUGUACACCGCCGCCGUUGCCGUCGGACCGCCGUUUUACGUUCGGUCUGGCGCGCGAUAACUGGUCGAACCCUACGACCCGUGACCGGCGACAGUGGGGAGAUUGGAAUCGCACAUCCGAUCGAACCGCUAUUGCGCAAUUACGGCCAUUACUUAUUAAUACGCGUCAAUUGCAUAAUACGGAGUUAAUGCGCUAUUUAAUAUGACAUAAUAUUUUGUGUGCGCAAACUUGCACAUGUAUUGUAGAAUGUUGAAAUAACGAUUUUGUCACACAACUCUUACCGCGGUAUCGGGAAAUAUUACAAGUUAAACACCGGUACUUACCAGCGCUACAUGCAGAAGUUUGUAUAGACCCGGGAAAAUUGUGAUGUUAAUGAUUAAUUUAAUACACGUCAAUAUCAUUUUUGGCAAUGCGAUUUUCCAUUAUUCACAUUUCGGUAUUAAAAUUUCUUCUAAAAGCAAAAACAAAUACAAUAUGGGUAGUAUACGUUUUUAAGACCGAAAAUUAAAAAAAAAUUUGUAUUAUAUAUUUUAACGAAAUUUCGAAACAUUGCCCAUCUAGUGAAUCAACUAGAGACCACAGUGAUACAAGAAAAGCUCUAUUAUUUUUAUUCUUCUUACGGUAAGUCUUUUAGUCGAAAAUUAACUUUGCAAGAAAAAAAACCAAAACGGGUAAAUAGGAUGAACUGUUGAAAAUGUCUAAAAGUGUCAUAAAGUACCUGCCACUUAACAGAAAUUCUAAAUUUAUUUAGGUACUGUGUAAAAUAAUUAGGGCAUUAGUUUAAUCAAAAAAACGGAUUCGAAGAAAAAAGAAAAAAGAAUUUUUAAUAACAUUUAUUUAACGUUUACUUUUUAAAAAUAUUUCAAAUAAAGUACGACCAAGCGGAAAUAUAUAUUUAUUGACACUGCAUGACAAAAAUCAAACCACGUUUUAUAACUAGAAAAUAAAAACAAAUCUUUGAAUAACUAAUAGCUGUUUCGUUAUUACACAGAACAGAAUAUAAAAUUAAUGAUUUUUCACUAUAUAACAAAAGACUUUACUUCAUACUGUUCAAUAAAUGCUAAACACUAAUCAUAUUUUAACUUCAUAAAUUCGUCAGUAGAACCCGAAUUUUUUAAACGUUUUUUUUGAAAUUUAAUUUUCAAACCCGAAAUAAUACUGUCAAGUAUGUAUUUAUUUUUAUCGAUUAAAAUAAGACUUAGAAAGUUAGAUAAUUAUAUCUUUAAAAAAAAAAGGCAAAGAGAAUUUUUUUCUUGCAUGAAAAGCUGUAAAAAUUUUUGAAUAGGCUUGAAUAGAUUUUGGGGAGCUAUAACCUCUUUAGCCAUCCACGUCCAUGGUUGUAACUAUACCUACACAACAUUUGUUAACAUAAUUUAUUGUAUAAAUAUUUAAAUAUGAUUGAAAAUUAAAAAUUAAAGUUUCUUCAAUAUUAUAUUAACAUUUCAAAAUAAUACAAAUUGUUUUUAUUAAAAAAUAAUAUAUAAUAAUAAUUAUAAAACCUUGGCUUUAACAAUAUUUAGUUUUAAAUGAAAAUUACUUGUUUAUUUAUAGUUAAAAUGUAUCAAUAGAAAUAUUUAGUUAAUAUUAAUAUUUUCAUAUUUAUUAAAAAUGUUUAAUUCAAAUUGAAUUUAAAGAUUUUUCUAAUUUGAAAAAGUACAUUUUAUUGCAAAUAAAAGUUCAAAGUUUUUUAAGCAUUAGAAAUUAAUGUGUACAAAGUAUCAAUAACUAUAUUUAUUAAAAUAUGCAAUUACAAAUAUUUAUUUAAUAUUAAAAUGUAACAACUUUGAGUAUUUUCUUUAUUUGCUCCACUGACUUUUUCGUAAUUUUAUUAUUAUAUAUAUAUAUAUUAAUUAUAUAAUUAUGUAUUAUAUAUAAGCACGGAAUUUUUCAUUUAAAUAUACGUGCAAUGUAAUCACAACAUGUAAAAAUAAAACCCAAAUUAAACCAUUGAUACCGAAAAAUUAUUCGGAUCGAAGUUUUGUUAUACAUAAUGUAUUGAAAAAAAUGUAUAAUACAAUUUUUAUACAAAAAAAAAAUACUAUAUUUAAUUCAAUAAUUUCAUGUCAACCACUAAGUACAACUUAAUUAUUAUGAUGAACAUUUUGUUAAAUUUUCGAGCAUUUAUGUUUAGUCUAUCAAUUUUAUUCACCGAGUACCCAUACAUAGCAAAUAAAACUACGUAAAAACUCCCAAAAUUAAAAUGUCCAUUAAUAGUGAAAAAAUGACUCAAAUGUUUUGAAAAUUGCUAAAAUUGAGAGCUAGUAAAGUUUUCUGUCAAAAUGUGUUAUUAUUACAUCUUUAAAUUUCGUUAUGCAGGUAUUUUUUAUAGGAUAGUAUGUUCACUGUUCUGUUAGUGUUAUGCACGCUGUACGCGUCUUAUUUUUCGCGACUCCCGGACGUACGGUUUUCGUUUUCGAAAAUAUUUUCCGAAAACGUGUUUCGCGGUCGUUGUCCGACGCUCCGUUAUCAUUCGUUAUCGUUCCGCUCUUUACGCGUUGGACCGGGCGGCCGUUGUCCGACGCUCCGUCGUUCGCCGUGGAGGAGCGCCCGUUUUAUUUCGCCGUAGUGCGAUACCGCUUUUUUUCGGUCGUUUACGCGUAAAAAUCGAAUAUUUGUCCGGUUGAUACGUCACUUAUACACCCGUGAAACGGUUGCUUUCUUCAACAAUUGGCUGUGGACGUCUCGAGUUGCGAAGGGUUCCCGGUUCGAUUCAAGGCGGCGGCGCGGCCUCUAUGCACUCUGUAUGGUAACGCGGCCACCCGCGCUGUCAGAUUUUUGCGUUUUUUUUUCGCGGAUUUUCGUUCGUUUUUUUUCAUAGUUUUGUUCGUGAUUAUAUUAAUUAUUGUUAUGGUUAUUUAUAUUUGGCGUUUUUCAGAUUCUGGGUGAAACGAACAAUGUAUCGGUUUUACAAUUGUGUUUAUUAUUAUUAUUAUUAUUAUUUUUUUUUUUAUGUGAACACUCUUUCUACCAGAAAGUUUAAUCCGAUUAUCAAGUAUAACACUUGUUCUGAAAGCACAUGUUCUCUGGGUGGUAUUCCAAAGAGAUCACUUUUUGAAAUUCUCAUUAAUAUUCGAGAUAUUGAGAAAAACUCGGUUCUUUAGGUUGAAAAUGAUUGAAAGACUAAAAAUAAGGUUAUCAUUGGCAACCGUUUUUAUUUUUUUUUUUUGUUAUUAUUAAUUUUUAUUAUUUUAAUAUUUUUUAAACAAUCACUGUUGUCAUGGAAAAGCAAUAUUAUAUACCGAGCUAUAUUAAAAUAAUAUAAAUUUCGAUUUAAAUACAUCCUUUAACUAUUAAUUUGUAUAUUAUAUUUCUUUAUUCUAUACUCAAGCAUCACUAUCAACUGAACUCCACUCAGAAUCGUUUUUUCGUUCGCAAUGGUUUAUCGUUGAUUAUAGAUAUACAUUAAAUUCCUGUCUGUUCCCUACCUUCCUAACUUACCACUUAAAAAAGUGGCUACUUCCACAUACGAAAGUACAAUAAUAGUAAUAGUGUAGUAGAGUACUUUAAAAUCAACUUUUAAACGCCGAAUUUGGUAGAUUAGCUGUUGUUUGCAAUAUUUCAUUGGUCUAUAAUUGUUACCAUACAAACAAAAUUAUAAGUAGCAAUUAAAAUAUCAAGUACAGCACAAUCUGCAUUUAGGCUAUAUCUAUAUAGAACCGCAUAAUAUGCGUUUGUGUCGCGGUUUAUAAACAAUUAUAAUAUGGGGUGCAGUUCUUAUUAAGUAUUAAAGUAAACAUAUUUUGUUUUUAAAAUAUUAUUACAAUUAUUAUUUGAUAAUGAAAAUAUACAUCACCUUAUUGAGAAUCUAUACUAAUAAGCCUUAUGCGCAAAAAAGAAAAAAUGUGUAAACAAAUUAUGAAGCUUGCUGUAUGGAUAAUAUUCUCGUCUAUUUAUUGUGCAAAUAUAAUAUUGAACACGUACAAUUAUUAUGUUAACUCUUUGGUAGGUACUUGUCAUUUGCUUUUCACUAGUAAAAGAAUUGGCGUGAUACUCUUGUCCAUUAUUUUUGCGGGCGUCCGCUAUAAACAAUGUAAUCAGUAACGUAAUAUGUAUGGACGGCAUUCGUGUAUAACGGAUAUAUAUAUUUUUUUAAUAAUUACUAAAGGAGAUUAUUUCUGAAUACGUUAUGGAAUUUGUUUUUCAAAUACGUUCCUUUUAUAUAUAAAUUACUAUAUACAAAUAGAUAGAUAGACACACAAAAUUAGGCGCAUUACCCAGGCACCAGUAAUUUUAAAAUCAUACAUUUUAACCAUGAAGUAUUAUGUACUUUAUUUUGUACAAUUUUGUACAACCAAAAUUAAAUUGUGUACGAACAUCCAAAAUCUUCAAAAUUCACUAAUUCCCGUAAUAUUGCGAGAAUUUUCUCGCAUUCUUGAAAGAAUCGUUUUUUCGUUCGCAAUGGUUUAUCGUUAAUUACAGAUAUACAUUAGAUUCCCGUCUGUUCCCUACCUUCCUAACUUACUACCUAAAAAAGUGGCUUCACUCACAUGUGAAUUAAAUCUGUCCUUUCUUUAUUGUUAAUUUUAACAUUAGGAUGGAUGCCUUUAAUCAAACCUGAAGGUAAGAGCUUUGUCUAAUUCAAGUGAAUUACGAAUAUGUGAAAUAUAACAAUUUAAAAAUAAUCUUAUCUCGCUUAAAAAUUAAAAUAUCGACAAUAAACCACAAUACAAAAACGGACAAUGUUCCUACCUUUAGGUUUUAUAAUAGGCAAAUACACUCUUAUGUUUACAAUAAAAGCACCAAAUUAUCGAAAAGUAUAAAUAUAACGCUAUUUCAUAAUGGGCAAUUUCAUCGAUGGGGCAAAUAUUAUAAUAUAAUUAUCCUAACAAAUAUGAUAAAUGUGAAAGUAAGUCUGACUGUAAGGCACGUCUAAACCACUGAACCAAUUUUGAUAAAUUUUAGUAUGGAGAUAGAUGGGACCUAGGAGAAAAAUAUAGGCUAUUUUUUUGUCACGAAAAUAAAAAUUGAAAGGGAUGAAAGGUUAUUAGGUAUUUUCGGGACGAAAAUUUAAUAAUUUUUGUCUAAUUAUGGAUUCUUAUUUUUUUAUGAAUUAUGAAUUGAGGAGAUGAGUGCAAUAGUGGCUUAUUCCAUUAAAUGGUUAAUGUGAGUAAUACAACUUUUUAAUUUUUAAUUUCUUUGAAAAUGUUAUCAAAUAUCAAAUUGAAUAUUAAUCAGUAUUAAAAAAAAAAUAAAUAUAACUCUUGUUUAUUAUUAAAUAUUUAUACAUUUAAGACUGAUGUAAUAUUAUUUUAAUCUUAUGAUAUGAAUAGUUUGGUUUUACAAAUAGAUAGGUUAUUUUUUAUUUUCCAUGUGGUUUUCAUAAUAAUAUUGGAAAAACGGGAAAAUUUACUAAAAUAAUGCUUUUAUUGUUUUAAAUUUUGUUUUUUUUUUAUGUAGUUUAAAAAUAUUCGUGGAGAUUUUAAAUUUUUACAGAAAACUUAUAUUUGCUUUCGGCAUUUAAACUUUCGGCAAUGGUGUGAGGUUUUCCGACACGUGCAAUAUUAUAACUCAAUAUAAAUGAAGCCUCCGUGUUUUUCUCAUUUUCGUCUUUUACAUAGGUAGUAAAAGAAGUCGCACUUUCAAUUGAAAUGUCUUUCUUCAUUCUAAAGAAAUCCGGACUUAUCCCUUUCAGAUUUGGAUGGUUAGAUUCCAAAUGUCGCUUUAGCUUCGCAGGAGCCAAAGAACUGUUACUGAGAACUUUCUCACAAACUACGCACCUCACAUCAGGAAACGUGUCAAUUCCAAUGGGAAUAAAUCCAAAAUAUAAAUAUUCUUCAUCAUAUCGUUUUUUUUUAAACUUUUGAACAAUUGAUUUGAGUGUAUUCCUUAGUUAGAGAUACUUCAUUUUCGAUAGUAGCUUUUUGGAGAGGAGCAGCUUCACAGUGAGAAGUCGAGUUUUCCAAUGGAACAGACGAAGUGUGACUUUUACAUGUGGAUGUUAAACCGGCCUUCUCUACUGAUAAUAAUCGCCCCGUUUAGAGCCAUGUGUCCAUUUCAGUAAAAAUUAUGAAGGGACCGGUACCAAAACUGCACCGACAAGNCAACUGCUCGCUAAUGACUACAGAGAAGAUAAACGAAUACCUAGUAUCAAAUAUAAUUAUAUGUAUGGAUCGACGACCAACAAUAUUAUUAUGGCAUUAUUAACGUGACGAGACCCAUCGGCCGACUGCUCGCUUAUGACUGCAGAUAAGAUAAAUUAAUACCUGGUAAUAUAAGCUAUAAAUAUAUAUGGAUCGACAACUUUCAAUAUUGUUAUGGAAUUAUUAACGUUAUAACGAAUAUUUUAUCAUAAGAUAAGGAAACGUCCUAACGAGAAGAGGAGCUAUUUGCCUAUUAUGUUCGAAUCAUAAUUCAAAUUAAAAAUAUUUUUAAAUAAUUUAUAUUUUCCAAAUUUUUUACGGAACCCUUGGCGCCGGCUCACGGAACCCUUAGGUCCCGCGGAACACCAGUUGGGAAGCACUGUAUUAUAUUAUACCUUUUAUAUUAUACCUAUUAUACCUACCCAAUUUCUUACCUUCAACAGGUGGCCCACCUAUCGUGAAAACUAUGUCCGUUUUAUUUUUAGAUAAAAUUAUUAUUAAUUCUAUGAUUUAAUGCGUUUUUUAAAUCAAUAUAAAAAGAAAAUUGAGUCGUUUUGGAAAAAAAUUUGAAUGUUUUUCACGAAUUAUGUUUUCCAUAAGGGACCACGAGGUUAAUGAAUAAUGAAUAAUGAAUAAAACCAAGAGAUAUUUUAUUACUAGAUGGCGUAAGUAUAUAUUGUUAUUAUUGUCAUUUCUAAUUUUUUGUGGUUUUUGUGCUUUUAGAAAAUUAUAUCUGAAACGGCGAUAUUGCCUAGUCCGCAUUAUCAUCAUAAUAAUACGAAUAUCACGUUAUCAUUUAAACUGUAUUUAUUAAAAAAAAAAAAAAAAAAAAUUAAUGUAAAAUUUAGUAAUAAAUACCUAAUAGGCUAAAAAUGAAUGUUAUAAAAUAUUGAUAUUUUUAAAGGAAAAAUAAAUAAUCCUACAAUUGCGAGUGUGUAAACUUCUUUGUUAUAAGAGUACGGACGUGUACAACCUCAACCCUCCCACCCCUCGAAAUUUUUUUUUUUGUCAACGCACCUGUUGGAGGCACGGUAAAAUUCACAUUUACCGGGCUGCAUUCAUCAGGCAGCCCGACUCGGUACGUACACACGUAUACAUUAAUUCGUUGCGUUUUUCAGGUCCGUGGAGCGACAGUCACGGCAGACGGCGCAGACCGUUGAUUUUCCUGCCGAUCAUCGGUCAAAUUAUAACGGACAGUCUGUGCUUAUUGAACGUUUAUUUUUGGACAUGGCCGCCAGAAAUGGCCGCAAUUUUCGAAGCCAUAACGCCCGGAUUGUUUGGCGCUCGGAACAUGUUCUGGGUGGGCGUGAUAUCGCACAUAUCGGACAAUUGUCCAAACGAAAUGCGGACGUUGAAGUAUGGCGUCAUAAACGCGGUCUACACCAUCAGCUCCCUGAUCGGAACGGGAUCGGCUGGGUUUGUAAACGUCCGUCUGGGAUUUUACGGUGCGUUUAUCAUACCGGCUUUGCUCAACGUAGCGGCCCUCGCUAUCGGUUUCUUCUUCAUCACCGACAGUUCGCAGCCAUAUGAUAAAAACAUCGUGUGGCUCAAGCCCAAACGUUUCUUCAAAAAUUACAUGAGUGUCUUCAAAAGAGAUUCGAAAUACUAUGCCGUCACGUUGGUGACGUUGCUGUUGUGCCAGUCCGUAUUGGUGGGUAGAAUCGCAGGUUAGUUUAUCUCAUCAUAACAAUACGAAUGAUCUAUAAGUGGUUACCGGCAGGUUUUUUUUUUUUUUUUAAGAAAAAUAUUUAAUUUUGUUUUAUUCGAUUUUGAUUUAUUGAAGUUUCAACUUACACUACUAAACGUUUUAAUACAUCUACAAAACGAAAAAAAAAAAAAAAAAUAAUAAUAAAUGUCAGUAGGGAUAGUAUAGCUAUCUAUUAUUAUUAUAAUCUCUUCUCAUUUUUAUUGAAAAAUAAUAUAAACUUUUAAUUUCAAAACUGUAAUCCUCUCUUUUAUUUUAGUAUAAAAGUUUUUCUAAAUAAAUAUUGUUUUUUUUUUUUUUAUCAAAAUAUCGAAUAUGAAAAGUUGGUUUAAAGUUUUCAAAAGAACUGAUUGAUUUGAGAGGGAGAAAUAUGAUCGCCCUCCGCGAAAAUAUAGAUAGAAAUAUUUUUGUUUAUACAACUUCAAUUAAUAUUAUUGCUAUACUAAUAGAUAUUAAUAAACUAUAUGUUCAAUAUAUAUACAUAUAUUAUAUAAUUUAUUACCUAUUUAUAACGUUCAAUCGUAUACACGUUGUUUUUCGGGAAAAAAAAAAUAAAUAUUGCACAAAAUAUAAGGUUAAGCGAAUUUAAAAUUUAAAAUCAUUGUCGUCGUUCAAAAGGGUUUUAUUUUUUUCUGAAUAAACGAGAAAAAGAGAUAUCAUCACGUAAUAUUUUAGAUCAAAACAUUUUGUAAAUUACGAUGGAACGCCGUCAUUAAAAGCUUUGUAAAAUACAAUUAUUAAUAAUUAUCGAAUAACGGACGUUUUGUGUUAAAAAAAAAAAAACUACCUAGUGCAAUAUUUCAUCACGAUAAAAUAUUAGUUUUACCUUUCUUGUAAUUUAAUUUUCACUCAUCACUGAAAACGUGUAUAAUUUGUAAUCUUUGUGUAGCUUUCAUCUUUGUUUUUUAUGUAUAUUUUAUAGUACAUUAUAUUUAAGUUGGUCGUUUUAUACUUGUACACUCGGUCGGCAUUUAAAUGUCUUUAUUUUUCAGGCGAGUAUGGCGUUACGUAUCUGUUUAUGAGGUACAAAUUCAAAUGGUACGAAGUGAAAUACAGUUAUUUCGCCGCUUUCAAAUUGGUGAUGAUAUUUUUUGGUAAUUUUUUUUCUUAUAAAUAAUUAGUUGUCUAAUGCAAGUGGUAGGAAGCCACUUUUCCCACUAUGUUUUUCCCAAAUUUUCCAUUGCCAACGCCUGUUUUUUCAAACGUUCUUCGGCUCAAUAACUUUAUUUCCAAGAGUUUUUUUUCUUGGAAAAAUUCCUUUUUCCCAAUACUUAUCUUCACAAAAGCUCUUUUCCCCAAUGACAUUUUUUCCAAGUGGAAAGAGCUCCAUAAGUUCCGACACUCAAAAAAUAUUUCAUAAAUAAAUGCAAAUCGUUCUCGAUUAAACCAGAAAAUAUUAUUGUAUCAAUAAACUGUGUACAAUUUUGUAAUUCUGUGGUUUUUAAGUGCAGUAGGUCUCGAACCUUAAUUAAAAUAGUCAUAUGUAUAUAAUAUUUAUGUCUUAAAUUUCGGUAGUUAAGCAAUCGACUAAAUUGUAAAAUUACAAAAUUCACUACAGAAAUACAUUGUACGCGUUGUAUUUUAAUUAUUUUUAAUAUAUGCAUUUUUAACAAUCUGAUUUUAGGUACACUGUUUUCGGUCACCGUGUUGAGUUAUCAUUUGAAAAUUAACGAUGCGGCGAUAGGUUUUAUCGCUUGCAUGUUUGACAUUUUUGCCGCGAUUUGUUACGUUUUCGUCUCCGAGUCUUGGCAACUGUACAUCAGUAAAUAUAAAAUAUAUUAUAAUAUAGUCCGAUUGUUAUCUACGCAUUUUAAGAUUUUUUUAUAUUAAAAUAUUCUAAAAUAUUUGAAUAUUAUUGAAUUUUAGUUCCAUUGGUCGACUUUUUCCACGGAACUGCUCUAGCGAUUUCCUCUUCGUUAACAUCUAAAAUCGUCAAAGUCGACGAACUUGGUAUGAAUUUAAAUGUUUACCUUUUCUUUUUAUAUUAGGCGUUUUGUAUAUAUUUUCAUGUUGUGCUAUAUUAUUUUCCCAUUAGGUCGACUCAAUUCCGUCCAAGGAGUAUUCACCACGUUACUUUCGAUUAUUAUUGUUUCGUUGUAUAACGCAACAUAUCAUUUUACCUUUGAACACAUAGCUGGCGCUGUGUUUUUGUUAAAUAUCGUUUUGACAUUGCCCGUGUUAAUAGUAUUUGUGUGAGUAACAUGUUUGAACUCUAAUUCAAAUUUUAAUAAAUAUAAUACAAAUAUGAUAAUUAAAAUGUGUUUAAAUAUUAUUAUUUUUUUUUUUAGGAUUAUUUAUUAUAAAUGUACACACCUGUGGACAAAAGAAAACGCAGUAUAAUUUUAAGGACUUUACUUACUUACAUUAUAAUAUAAAACAAUGGUGAAUUAAUACCGACUUAACAAUUUACGCAGAUUUUACAGGUAUAAUACUUUUUAAACUACUUUGCACUUGGUUAAAUAUUAAAUUAUUUUACACGAUGCCAUUGUACUGUUUUUCGCCCGCAGUUUGCAUCCAUUGUAUCAAUCGACUUCAACGGGAAUUAAUUUUCAAAGGAGCCGACAUCUUGUUUUUAUCUUUUGAUGAACCUUAAUAUUUAUUUAUUAUGGUAGCUUUUGUACUUAAACCUAUUGCUCAUUGUAUAUUUACUUUAAGGUAGAGUGUUUUUAUUGACCUUAUAUCGAGUUAAGUAACAACUAUAUGAAGAAUCUUAAAUGUCUGUAGGUAUAUGUCUAGAAUAUAUUCAGUAGUAUGAAAAAUAAUUUGUUGAAUAAUCCUUUUGAAAUAAUCGAAACUUAAAUGGGUAUUAUUAAUUAUAACAACAACAAUUAUUUUAAUAAUGCACUGCUUAAGUACAUGUUUUUAUCUUGGGUAUAUAAUAUAUUUGUCAAUAAAAAAAAAAAAAAAACCAAAAAAAAAACCGUUACCAUAUUUUUAAUUGUUCGAUUGUAUUGACACAUUAUUAUAAAUUAUUAUUAUACUAUAAAUAAUACAGAUUAAUGCGCGUAUCUAACUCAAUGAUUUUAUCGAUUAUAAUAAGUAUGAAACAGUUAGAUGUAAUGAUAGUUUUAUAAUGAAUAUUUUUUUUUACUCGUAAAAUUACUUUACAAUUUAAAUUUAAUUUUAGAGUUAUCAUAAAUAUAUUUUAUACUAUAGAAAACUAUGGGUAUUGCAUUGUACACAAACAUUUUUUAUUUCUUUCUAUGUAUUAUAUUAAAAAACAGUUGGAUUUAUUACCUAAUAUUGUUUAUUAUUAAGAAAUGUACAUAAAAAUAUACCUAUUAGUUAAUGAAUAGUUAAAAGUGAUAUUAGGAACUAUAUUUUAUAUUUUAUUAUAGCCACUAUAUAUGUAUAUGUUACCUGUUUAAAAUUGUAUGUUAUUAGUAUU